GCCGAUUAUAGUUCUGCCCCUCCCCCAUAAAAACCCUAGCGGCAUCCUUUCUCUCGGUUCCUCCGAUCCAAGCGUUUCCUCGAGCCGCCGUCGCCUCCGCCGCCGUAUCUGCCGCCACAACGAUGCCGUCGCACAAGACCUUCCGGAUCAAGAAGAAGCUGGCCAAGAAGAUGCGCCAGAACCGCCCUAUCCCCUACUGGAUCCGCAUGCGCACGGACAACACCAUCAGGUACAACGCGAAGCGCAGGCACUGGCGCCGCACCAAGCUCGGGUUCUGAGUUGGGGAAGAGGUGCCCUGGAGCACCGAUGCUUGGGGAGGCUAGGGUUUGCGAGGCUCGCGAUGCUUCCAAGUCUCCACGAGCUAGGGAGCUGUUGUUAAGAUUUUGCUUGUGUUGAAGGGAUUAUCAGUUGUUCUUGUAGCGUACUGAGAAUACCAUAUUUGCUGAUCGUUAAAGAACCACCAUUUUUUAUUCUA